CUCAAAUGGGCCAGCUGUCUAAAACCAACCCAUUACUUCGAGAAAUAUGGGCUUAUCUAUUGGGCCAAUGCCCAACAAUAGGGCUAGAAUCUCGGUUAAGCUGGACCCUGAACCAAAUAAGUUGGUUUUAUAACCGCGCGCCACAUCAAAACCCUAAAACGCGAAGGAGGCUACAUAUAAAUACUUCUCAAACGGUGAGAGAGCUCAAGAGAGCGGCGAACAUAAGAGGCGAGAAAAUGCAGAUCUUCGUGAAAACCCUCACCGGGAAGACCAUCACCCUCGAGGUCGAGUCGAGCGAUACCAUCGACAAUGUGAAGGCCAAGAUUCAGGACAAGGAAGGUAUUCCUCCGGAUCAGCAGAGGUUGAUCUUCGCUGGGAAGCAGCUGGAAGAUGGUCGUACUCUUGCGGAUUACAAUAUCCAGAAAGAAUCGACUCUUCAUUUGGUUCUGAGGCUUCGUGGUGGCAUUAUCGAGCCAUCGUUGAUGGCUUUGGCCAGGAAGUAUAACCAGGAGAAGAUGAUCUGCCGCAAGUGCUAUGCGCGUCUCCACCCCCGUGCUGUCAACUGCAGGAAGAAGAAGUGUGGACACAGCAACCAGCUGAGGCCGAAGAAGAAGAUCAAGUAGACUGAUAGUCUGGAUGCUGGGAUGAUGUUACUGUUAGGUUACUGGAUAAUCGUUUUUGUUGCUGUCGGAAAUUUUGGUGUAAUAGUUUCAUGACUCGAAUGCUAGUACUGGUUUCUUUGUUCGAUCUGUUGUGGCAGUACACACUAUUACUGAAAUCUUAAUGCAAUUCAGUCCUGUUUUACUUUGAAAUCUAAUUCUCAUGAAUGGUGGAGUACAGGAUGUUUCUCUAUUCUUUCAAGGCUCGACGCCUAUGCUGAUCAUUACAUCAGAUGCUACUUUAUGUUCUUGUUCGUUCUCAGCUGUGAGAAAUGCUGCGUAUUAUGUGUGCUAACAAUACACUUCCCAACUGGAA